GAUGGCAUUUGAAUGAAGGAAGGGAAUGGGCCACAAGGCAGUCUUGGGGAAGGCCAUCCCAGGCUGAGAGGAGAGCACGCACACAGUCACUGAGGUGGGGUCCAGGCGUGGGCUGCCAUGGAUACCGUGUCCCUGGAGCAUCAGAUCCAGAGCGUGCAACGCCACAUCAGCUUCCUGAAAAAGGAGCAGAUGGCCCUGCUGCGAGACCUGCACCUGGAAAUCCUGAGGCUCCAGAAACGCUGCUCAGAACUGACCCAUGACCUGGAGAUGAGAGAGGCCCAGUCUCACCAGCAAGAGGAGGCGUCCCGGGAGCUGGAGAGCAAGUGCCGCGCGCUGGAGUCGCAGCUGGCGGCGCGGACCGCGGCCAACGCCGAGCUGCGGCGGGAGGUGGCGCAGCGGGAGGCGCUGGUGUCGGCGCUGCGCUGCAGCCUGCGCUCCGAGGAGCGCCGCUUCCUGGAGGAGCUGCGUCGCCGCAGCCACCGUGCCACCCCGCCGCCCCAGGAGCCCCCGGACCAGGGCGGCGCGCAGCCCAACGCGCCCAGCCCGCCCGGAGCGCCCGGGGACCCGGAGUAG